AAUAAUGACAAUCAUUGGUUGCAGCCCUCGCUGCCCAGGGCUCGGUGGAUAAGAAAAAUAGAUCAGUGUUUGAUCAUUGUUUUCAGCUUGGAACAGUAGAAAAUGUUGGCAGCACACGGAUGAGUGCUUCAACGAAACACUAAUCCCACGUUCUUCACCAAGGUGAAAAGACAUGUUCAGGUCCAGUGGGGCCGUGGAAGUGAUUGUAUUAAAACGACACUCACGCAGCACAGUUUCUCAUGUACAGUACGGUUCAGUCACUGGUAAAAGACGCCGCACGUAACCGUGACCAUGACCGUGACACGCCAGCGCACGACAGAAGAUCCGCUCCAGUAACCCCACGGCCCCCUCCCCCAGCCCUGUUCAAAAUGCCCUACUGUUCGGAGUCACUCUUUACACACAUGUAACGUUUUAGUUUAUUAUUGUGUGAUGAGAACAAACAGCUCGAAGGACAAACAAGACCAGUCCCUGUGGCAGCACAAAUAACGAGGCCUAAAUUACAGACAGCGCAAACACAGAACAUUUCAUUUUAUGAAGCUCUCAGAUUGGAUAAAGGUUGUCAAAACAGAAUCCUGUUGCCAUGAAAAAGCUUUUGAUUUGCUCAAAGGACAGUGGAGCGCCGGGCCCCUUGGGUUUGUUUGGCACAUUUACUGAAUUAGCUUUGUUUGUCUUUCAGGCCUGUACGCUGGCUCCAGCACCCCGCACCACAGCGCCUCGGUGGAGCUGCUCUCCCCCACCCCCAACCCCGUCUCCACCAGUGACCUGCCGCCUCGACAACACAGACACGUCCGUGACCUCGGCAGCCCUCAUCACCUGUCACCUCUGACAGCUAUGGAGGGCACCAGAGAAGGAGGGUCUGCUCCCCUUCUGUCCCCGGGAAUGAAGGGAACAGUGACACCGCCCUCUCCUCCACCUCCACCUCCACCUCCCUCCCUGGAGAAACAGCACGUUCACGCUCACCAAAAGCCGUACUCUCACUAUCAGCACCACCAGCCUGUUAACGAAGAAUAUCACGGCAGCUUUGGGAGCUGCUUCCAUUACGGAGACUCUUUCAGGAUGGAGCAGUCGGUCGGUGGCGUCCACAUCCCAGGAGACUCUCACGCCUACUCUGCCCAUCAGCACAAUGGCUUUCACAUGUCAGCGGUCAACGCUGGCUCUGGUGGUAUGGAACGCUUGUUUUGGGCCCUUCCAAAAAUCAUAACUCAAAUGUUUUUUGGUUUUUUUUAUAAAGAUAACUCUAUGAUUUUUCUCUCGUCAGCUCCAGGAUUCAGUCUGACCCAGGAGCUGCAAGGAAAUACAGGAUGUCAGUUCUCGUCAAGCCCAGAGGAGAGUGUUUUCUUCCAGGUGGGCAGCUUCGACCGUGGCCUGAGCCACAUGUCGACCGUCUACACAGAGACAUGAACGAACACUGGAGCAGGCCCUGCUCCACCACAGCCGCUCUUCUACUCUGCAGCCUCGUCCCCUACGUGCAGCUUCACACACUCGUGUCUCCGAUGAGUUUAAAACAAAAACAAAAACCCACAAGAAUGUUUUUAAACUCCAGGUCAAACCACUGACCUUUACUUAACCUCCAGAGUCGGCUUUUAUGGAGUUCGACUUCAUCGUAUUAAAAUGUCUCCAAUAAAAUCAAAAAGGGA